AUGAUGAUUAAGUUCAACAUUGCCUACAAUAUUGCAAAGGAAGUUCUGUUUACUAAGUUCAAGUCAGAAAUAAUUCUUCACAAGAAAAAUGGCUUGAACGUAAACCCCACCUACAGUAAUGAUGUUGCGUACGCCCAUUUUAUAGGUGUCAUCGCAGACACAUUGAAAAAAAAGAUGUCAGUGGAAAUUGCGAACAGUGCAUACAUGGCAUUCCUGAUCGAUGGAGACACAGACAUCGCCACAAAAGAAUGCGUCAUUGUGUACGCUCGUAUCUUGCAAAAAGGAAGACCAGCGAAUAUACUGAUUGGACACACUGAGGUCGAGCAUGCCCAUGCCCAAGGACUUCAUGCUGCCUCAAAGGAAGCAUUUGCUCCUCUCGGGGACCAGUGCAGUAACUGGUUAGAGAAAAUCAUUGCUCUGGGGGCUGAUGGUGCUGCUGUUAAUUUGGGCAGCCAAGGGGGUGUCAUAGCCCUUCUGCAGCAAGAGGCAGAUGACCACAUUGUGCCUUUCCACUGUAUGCCUGGAUGCCCAGUUAAGAAAUCAAUGGAAGAUGCCACUUUUGUGGCCUUUUGCCAUUUUAUUGCAGAUGUGUUCAGUGGCAUUAGUAAGUUUAGCCUCCUACUUCAGAGGAAUGAUAUCAUCCUACCACAGGCCAUUUGCAGCCUGGAACAACUGCUGGUGACCACAGAGAUAAUGGUUGCAAGACCAAGCCUGAUGGAAGACUGA